GGCGCGUGUUGAAAAAGAGGAGUGCUGCCAAAGUUUGGGUCAGAUCGGCUCGUGGAGUGUAAGCAGUCAAGAGAGAGUUGGAAGAGAGUUAGCCACACGGUCCCCACGCGAAGGACACGAGAGCUGAACACUGCCAGCCCACUCACGUAUUCCCUGAAUUCAUCACAUUAGACGAACUGUCAGCGAGAUGGAAACCGCGACCAUCACCACCACGCAAACGGCAUUCACCUUUGGACGCACCACCCUCAGCCUGCACGCCCCAGCGGUCCAGGACGCACCGGGUCCUGACGCACACCAGAACACCAGCGCAGCCCUCGCCUUCCAGAGCAAAAACAAGGUGCUGAAGAGACAGCGCUCCAGCUCCCCGGAGCUGCUUCGAUGCAAGCGCCGCCUGAGCUUCAACGGGCUCGGUUACUCCAUCCCCCAGCAGCAACCCGUGGCUGUGGCCCGGCGGAACGAGAGGGAGCGAAACCGGGUCAAGCAGGUCAACAUGGGCUUCCAGACGCUGCGUCAGCACGUGCCGAACGGUGCCGCCAACAAGAAGAUGAGUAAAGUGGAGACGCUGAGGUCUGCGGUGGAGUACAUCAGGGCUCUACAGCAGCUCUUGGACGAGCACGACGCGGUCUCAGCCGCUUUCCAGUGCGGGCUGCCGUCCCCGACCCUCUCCAACAGCUACUCCGCCGACCCGGAGUCACCUCACUCAACCUACUCAUCAGACGAAGGCAGCUACGAACCUCUGAGCUCAGAGGAGCAGGAACUGUUGGACUUUACCACCUGGUUCGACAGGUAUUGAUGCUGUCAGCCCUUAAUCCAAAACAUCAGCAUGGAUUUGAGAAGUGCUGACCCAGCUUUCUUUAACCUGCGCGCUGUGCCUGCAGGGGAACUGUAUCUCCUAAAGCUUCUGAGGGAGCAAAGCAAUAGUGAGAAAACGAGAGAGAGGGAGCAUCCUGUCGCAGAUCAAAAGUGGCCCAGCUGAAAGUAAGAAAGAAGAGGAGCUGGACUCACAUCGAUGCGUGCAAACGUUGGCGCUCUGUUGGAUUUUAAGUGCAAUUAAAGCUGCAGGACCCUGCAGAGACGGAGCUCCGAUUCCUGCAGGACUGCCUUCCUCACCCGCUGCACUUUUUGUCUCCCGCCUGGAAGAUGACGCGUCAACAGACUUGUUCAUUUAUGACGUAGUAGCUUACAUUUUGUAACACUAUCAUAGGACAAUUUGUUUUAACACGGAGACAUUAUUUUUGUACAAUGAGCCAAACAAAAAAAAAAAAAUGUUAUUACUGCCACUUUUCUGACAGCCAGCUGUCAGGUAUGGCAUGUGUGACGUGUAUGACUACCUGUGACAGAUUGUAGUUUUUCUUCUUUUUGAUAGACAUUUAUUGAUGUAUGCACUUGUUUCUCGUAGCUGAAAAAUGUAAAUAUUCAAUUUUAACAGAUAUAUUUUGUGUAAAACAAGUUUUUUUUAUAAAUAAAGUCAA